AUGGACCAGGACAGGGUGAACAUUAUGCACCAGUACAGGGAGAAUAGUAUGGACCAGGACAGGGUGAACAGUAUGGACCAGGAAAGGGUGGACAGUAUACACCAGGACAGGGUGAACAGUAUGGACCAGGACAGGGUGAACACUAUAGACCAGGAAAUUGUAGAGAGUAUGGUCCAGGACAGUGUGAACUGUAUGGACCAGGACAGCAUCAACAGUGUGGAACAGGACAGGGUAAACAGUAUGGAGCAGGACAGGGUGAUCAGUAUGGAGCACGACAGGGUGAACAGUAUGGACCAGGACAGGGUGAACAGUAUAGACCAGGACAGGGUGAACAGUGUGGACCAGGACAGAGUGAACAGUAUGGACCAGGACAGGGUGAACAGUAAGAACCAGGACAGGGUGAACAGUAUUGACCAGGACAGGGUGAACAGAAUCGACCAGGACAGUGUGAACAGUAUGGAUCAGGACAAUGUGAACAUUAUGGACCAAGACAGGGUGAACAGUGUGGAGCAGGACAGGGUGAACAGUAUGGACCAGGGCAGGGUGAACAGUAAACACAAGGACAGGGUGAACAGUAUGGACCAGGACAGGGUAAACAGUAUACACCAGGACAGGGUGAACAGUAUGUACCAGGAGAAGGUGAACAGUAUUGACAAGGACAGGGUGAAAAGUAUGGACCAAGACAGGGUAAACAGUAUGGACCAGGAUGGGGUGAACAGUAUGGACCAAGACAGGGUGAACAGUAUGGACCAGCACAGGGUGAACAGUAUGGACCAGGACAUUGUGAGGAGUGUGGUCCAGGACAGGGUGAACAAUAUGGACCAGGACACGUUGAACAAUAUGGACCAGGACAGGGAUGAACACUAUGGACCAGGACAGCGUCAACAGUAUGGAACAGGACAGGGUGAACAGUAUGGACCAGGACAGGGUGAACAAUAUGGACCAGGACAGGGUGAACAGUAUGGACCAGGACAGGGUGCACAGUAUGGACCAGGACAGGGUGGACAGUAUGUAAAUGGACAGGGUGAACUGUAUGGGCCAGGACAGGGUGAACAGUAUGGACCAGGACUGGGUGAACAGUAUGGACCAGGACAGGGUGAACAGUACGACUAA